AUGGCCUACUACCACCCGCCACCAAUAGUCACACCUCCACCAGUCCCUUACCAAGGGCCUCCACCAUUACCAUUGGAGUGCCCCCCCGGCAACGAUUAUCCAACCGAGUUGUUUAGCUUUCUGGAGCCGGCAGCGACCCUGAAGAAACAUGGAUAUGUCAUGGACCCGCUCACAGAUGAGGAAAUCAAACAGAAAGCUAAAUGCAGACACUGUAACCAGACAAUCAUGAAUCUAACAAAGCAUCUGCAAAAGACACUCCAGUACCGCCUCCAUAAUCCGACCCCGCCUCCGCCAGCAACAGCGUACGAUCCGUUGCCCACUCUGUUGAUGCCCGUGGGAAGCGGCUGCUAUGAAGCAAAGCAAUGCACAGCGCCAUGUAAUUAUCACCCAGGAGGGUUUGACAAGGGUGCAAGGUGCUUCAAUUGCUGCGGCUACACUUUGGCCGAAGCCAAGUGGUGUGUCACCAACAACAUGCACGAGAUACGUGACUAUGGGCAGCGUGAACUUGAAGAUUGCUAUCAGUUUCACAUGACCCCCUCUGUCUUCAAUAUAAACAACCUCUCGCUCCGCGCUGCCGUUGCCAUCGACUGCGAAAUGGGCACGGCCGUCACAGGCGACUCUGAGCUCAUCCGCCUAACCGCCAUCGACUAUCUCACGGGCGAGGUGCUCAUCAACAACCUCGUUCAGCCCGACCAACCCAUGCUGCAUCUCAACACCAGGUUCUCGGGCGUCACGUUUCCGCAGCUCAACGAAGCCAAGAAGAAGAAGACGUGUUUGAUGGGCAAGGCUGGCGCAAGACACGCCUUGUGGAGAUUUGUGGGCCCUUAUACUGCGCUCGUGGGCCAUGGCGUGAACAAUGACCUUCGGGCGCUGCGUUGGAUCCACCCGACAGUGAUAGACUCAUUUAUCAUUGAGUGGAAUAUCAUUCAGGAGAAGAAGGCUGCCGAAGAGGCUGUCGCUGUCGCUGCCGCCGCCGCUGCGGCAACGAUUCCCGUCCCAGCGCAAGAGCCCGAGCAGCAGAUACAGCAGCUGGCAACGUCUCUGGAAAAGGCAUCUCUCGCGGCCGAGGAUGUCGGCGGUGUCCCGCUUCCCGAGGAAACGACCGAAGAGCCCGCUGAGGCGGCGGAAGCUCAGCCGAAGAAGAAAGAGAAGAAGCCGAAGGGGUCGGGAGACCUGUCGCUCAAGACGCUGGUGAAGAAGUAUCUUGGGAGGGAAAUUCAAAUGCAGGGGAACAAGGGCCAUGAUAGCUUUGAGGAUGCGCUUGCGGCGAGGGAUCUGGUGCAUUGUAUGGUGAUGAAGAAGCUUGCCGAGAAGUAG